GUAGGGGCAACCAGAAAAAACAAAAAGAAGUUUGGUGUUCAGUUAUCAUAACACCAUCGUCUUAUUUAUACCCAUUUCAUCUCCGUCAUCUUCUCAAAUCCUACUGAGUUCUACCUUUAAUCACCUGCCAUUUCAAUGGCGAUCAAAGUCUACGGUUCCAUGAUUUCCACUGCAACACUCCGCGUUCUGCUUUGUCUAGCAGAAAAGGAUCUCGACUACGAGCUUAUUUUCAUCGAUUUGGCCACUGGUGAACAUAAAAGCCCUCAUAUGCUUUCAAACAAUCCGUUCGGACAAAUUCCGGCGUUUGAGGACGGUGAUAUCAAACUCAUCGAAUCAAGGGCGAUUAUGCAGUAUAUAGUUCGAAAAUACGCCGAUAAAGGAACAGAGCUGAUGAGCAGUGAUCCGAAGAAGAUGGCGGAGCAAUCAGUGUGGAUGGAGGUGGAAUCUCAGAAAUUCGAACCGGCGACUACGAAGUUAAUUUGGGAGCUCUGUAUGAAACGAUUUUUGUUCGGAAAAAAAGGUGACGACGCCGUCGUGGCGGAGCUCCUACCGGCGUUGGGGAGAUUGCUCGACGUAUACGAAGCACGGCUGUCGGAGAGCAAGUAUUUGGGUGGAGAUGGCUUCUCGUUGGCGGAUCUGUACCAUGUUCCGGUGAUCAAGUUCUUGACGGAGGCGGAGACGAAGAUGAAGAAGUUGUUUCACGCGCGGCCGCAUGUGAGCGCGUGGGUUACCGAUGUCUUAUCCAGGCCGGCUUGUUUGAAGGUGUUCUGUAAGCAUGCGUACUGUAAGGGAGGUUAGCUAUGCGAGUUGUACAUCGCGCUUGUAGUUGUUGUACUUUUAAAAUAAGUAGUUAUGUUAUUGUUGGGCAGCCAUCGCUUUCCAACCAAUCAUCCCGCGAA